GGUUUUUUACCUGGACCUGUUGAUUUUUAUCUCUCUCUAUAUGAAACUGGUCCUUGAAUAAUCUUAAUUAGAUAUAUAUUUUAUUUUUCAUUCCUGGGUUUUCUCUGACUUGAACCACAAUACCACAUUGCUAAAGGAAAUCAAAUCCCUAUAAUGGGUUUUUUUUGGCUAUUUGCAAAUAUCCUUGCCUGAACAGUUUAUGCCUCCAAGAAAGCUUGUUCCUAUCAUCAUUUUGAUUUAGCUUUCCCUUCAUUUUGAUGCUGAAACUGAGGAUAAUGAAAGAAAAAGAAUUUUUGAAUAUUAUGUUCUAGAAUUUUUGGUUAUGCAGGUAUCAAAGAAGAAAGUACCUACGUUUAAGAAAGAUUGAUGUCUUGGGGUUGGUUAAGUUGAGCAUUUUUCUUCUUCUUCCAAAUACUAGAUUUCCAUACUGCUAUGCCUCCGCCUCGCGCCCAGUCAAAAACUUUUGAGGCGAAUCGCUGGCGCUCCACUCUGAUGGACCAGCAGCUGGAACGCAUUCGGCGGGCUUACCAUAUCCCGAGUUCAAUAAUACUCAGGGCUCCUGAGCGUGAUGAAAGGGUAUCCGUCUUCACUGUCUGGGAUGAAGUGGCCCUGCACGAGGAAUCGCUGAAGGCUGGGCUUCGAUUCCCGAUUCCCCAUGAGGUGAGGGAGGUGCUGGCCUACCUUAGUCUUGCCCCCUCCCAACUGAUGCCAAGCGGCUGGCGGAUCCUAUUAGCUUGUUCUGUUCUCUGGCCCUCUGUUCUUGGAGCCAAGCGUCGAUUAUCGGUGAAGGAAUUCCUGUACUGCUACCGCCCUAAGGAGUACAUCGGGGUCUGGACCUUCCAUUGUCGCUGCUCCGAACGGAAUCUUGUUUCAUAUCUCCCAUCUAAUAACAAGAAGUGGAGGAAUAGGUUUUUCUUCGUCUCCGGUAGUGAGUGGGAGUUCGGGAAUAUGGACAAGGACAAACGGAUGCCGAUUGGUGUCAAUAGGAGAUGGGGAUACCCUCUCCCGGAAACUUGUUCCGAGCCGACUUUGAGCGUGGAGGAGUCCGACCGGGUGGAUCAGUUGGUAAAGUGGGCGGCCGAAAACCGGACGAAGAGGAGUUUUUCUGAGUUGACAUCCACGGAGAACAUGCAGAAAUACCUUUUUCAUCCUAAGCCCUCUCUAGCAGGGAUAGGUAAGUGUGACACCGCUACUCCAGUAGUGGCUAUAUCUGCUAUUUGUGUGUUCUACAGGGUUGCUUUCCUUAGCAGGCAUAAUUUCAAGCGAUCCUCGGGUCAUUGUUAACUCACAGAAGUCCCGGGCUCGAGGUUUGAAAGAGGCUGAUGCCCGCUCAAGCAAAAAGGCAAAGACUUCUCGAGAGGAUACUACUCCCAACGACGCUCAGGCUCGGAGGUGUUUAGCUUCCUUUGUCGGGUCCGGUUCUAAGGGCCUGGGGAAGGAAAAAGUUCCUUCUCAAACCAAGACAGCUGAGGCGCCUUCGGUUGCUGCUACACUUGGGACUUCUCUGGAUCAUGUGCCGGUGCCUGGGGCUUCUAAACCACUGACCACUCGGGCCUUAGAAAUGGGGCCAGCUGCCCAACCUGAGCGGGCUACGCCUAUGGAACUUGAAGCUUCUACCUCAUCUGGUUCCGAUGUCCCAUAUAUUAUUCACUGGAAUAGCAAGGGAGCAGCUGAACAGCCUGGAGCUCCGCACCGUGCAGAUCGGGUGCCUGAAGCGAGACGGAAAGGAGUGGUCCUCCACACGCCCGAGGGCUCUUAUUCUAGCGACCAAGACAGACUGCCUCCGGCAGCACAAUCUGAUGCCCGUUCUCCAGCUAGGUGGGUAGAACAGCUCAGGCACCCGGUGAGGUUACUCGAGAAGGUUUUUCCCGCAGACUGCUUAGCGAAGAGGAGGGGAGAGCCUUGCACAACCAUCAGUGAGAGGUUAUGUGGCCUUCUAGCUCAGGCUGCAUUGGAGACCGUGGCUCUUUGCAAAGAGCAAGAGCGGCACAAGACUGACAUGCAAUCCUUGGGUGAGCUCGAGACUACACAGGCCAAACUCAAGGAUACUAAGGCUCAACUAGACGAUGCUCUGGCCCAACUUCAAGACGCUCGGUCUCAACAAAGAUCUGAGGACGACUGCGGCAACCUGGAGGCUAAGGAAACCGAGCUUGAUUUGACCCGAGCAGCACUGGAGGAAAAGGAGGCUCAGCUCAAAUCUGUCAGGGAGGAGCUAGAAUCCGAGAAGGCCAGAUCGGCCGAGCUUGGAUCAAUCCAUACUGACUUUGAGGCUGCCCGAGCUAAGUUGAAGGCACUGCACAAAGAACUUGAGUCUGAGAAGGCCAUGUCUACAGCUUUGGAGGGUCUUCGGGAGGAGCUAGCGGAUGAGAAGGAAAGGUCUGCCAAACUUGAAGCCGAUCUUCAAGCUAAACAAGCUAAGUUGACCACGGAGCUCAACAAUGUGAAGACCAAACUCGAUGCUGAGUUGGCCCGUUCCUCCCAGCUUGGAAUCGAGCCAAGUACAGUGCGGAGGGAGUUGGAGAAGACUCAACUGAAGCUGAGGCGCAGCCAGAGGCAGUGGAAGUCAGUUUCAGAUAUGUUGAAAAUUACCCGGAAAGACCUGGAAACUGAAAGAGACUUGACAUCCCAAUUGGAGAGACAGCUUUGGAAGGCUCGGGUGACCAGGGAGGCUGCCUGGGGCCUUGGUUUUACACAAGGGUUCGACACCCUCAGGGACUUGGUCGAAGGAGGUCCCCCAAAAAUGGACAUUUCAAAGCUUGAUGCGGAGGACUUUGUCCCAGGUUCCGAGACUCUCGAGGCCCUCGCAUCUCUGGAAGACAAUAUUGCUGGAGAUGGCCCGUCCGUGCCUGAAGGAGUUCUACAUGAAGAGGAUCCUGCUGCACCUGGGAACGAUGAAGCCCAAAGUAGUUCUUCUUCGGCAUGAUUUUUUUAUGUGUUUUUGUUUUAUGUUUUUACCUUCUUUUGUGCAUGUACUUGGAAGCACUUGGGUUAGAUUGCCACGUGAAAAAACAUUUAGGACUUAGGAGCUCUUGACACACUCUGCUUGGGAAUCUCCCAGGCGUGGCACUUAUUAGAGCCGUUUUGUGUGCAUUUAGGAAGAAUACCAAGGCACAGUUAGCAGUAUAUAUUACAGAGAAAACUUCUUAUA